GGAAGGAAAAAAAUUAGUUCUAGCAAUUUAGCUUAUGCGAUCAACAGGCUCGAAGAUUCGUCUCCGGAAGCCAAACGCAGCACGCCUUCCAUUAAGUCCCCUAGGGUCUGGUCUGCUAAUCCAGGCGGUAGCAUUCAUCUCGUGCUUGGCUUCCAAACGAGUUUUCUUGCCUCCUGGCGGUAGUCCGUCUAAUAGAUAGCCCCCAUAACUAGGUGGCGCCGCUUGUGGUUGUCACGAGGUGAUUCGCACCUCCCCGGAGUGAGAGAAGGUUCGUUACCGGGUUUCAGUACCUUUCGUCUGGCCUGGGCUCCUGGUGCUGCAUUCACCGUUGGGAGUAUAAGAAUUAAG